AAUAAAUAUAAAACCGAUCAAGAUUCUUAUUGGACAAUCACCACGAAUCGAAACCGAUAAGUUCGACGGUACUUGAGCUUAAGUUGUUUGGUCAAGCCCUGACCAUCUCGCCUUAGUUGAAAUUUCUGGCUGGAACUAGUAAGGGUGUCUAACAUGUUAGCGCGCAAAGUCAAUGUCCUUUCUUUCUUCUGUUUUGUUCUCGUAUGGCCCUUGUUCUUAAGCAUCUUUUCUCUCCUUAAAUCCCUCUUCACUCGUUCUCUUACGCUGCUCAAAGUUUGAUUUCUUUGGUUUGUUAUCUUAGUUUCUCUUUGUAGUUGCCCUCUCUCCUCUAUCUUGAAGAGAUUGAAGAAUCGGUGUUGGCAGGAGCAUCAUUUUCCUGGCGAAUCAGCUGAAAUCCAAAUCAGCCAAUAUGAUCGGUUCUAUAAACUAGUAGGAAACGUUAAACUGUGUGCAAGUGAGCAUACAUGUGCCAGAUCCCCAAAAAAAGGGUAUAUAUCGGCCGGUGUGUCCGGUAUAUAUCCGCAACAGACAACUAUGUUAAGCAACUUGAACAACAAAUUUCGCUGCCCGAUGGCUCGGAUGGCCAACAGCAAGAAAACACUUUUCACAGUGAACAAGCUUCAGCUGCAGGCCAUGUAAUCCCGCUGCAUGGCUUGGAACAAUACCAAGCGAUAAACCAAUCUCAGAUUGAUCAGCGGUCUUCACUUUCUCAGACAAACUCAACGGGAAGGGGUGGUCGUCGUAAACCAUCCGUGCUAAGUGAAGAGGAAAAAAGAGAAAGGAAGAGACUGAAUGACGCCAAAUACAGGUACAACAAAAGGGUCGAGAAUGAAAAGCUGAAGGAUGAGAUUAACAUGUUAAGAAAUAUGUUGCAAGCAUCAGAAAAAGGAAAGGAAACAGAGGCACUAAGUAUUCAUGGACCGGUGCAGGACUUCGGUUGUGACAGAGAUCUUCCUGUUGUUGUGGAGAACGAACCUUCAAGGAUUUUGGAGGAAAACGAAUCACCCACUAAUCCUCAGGAUGCUUCUUACAGAGAUCUUUUGGUUGUUAUGCAUAAUGAUGUUCAGAGUCAAUCCUUGGAAAAAAACCAACCAAUCAAUUACCUCCAGAAUGAUACUUGGAAAUCCCUGGAAGAAAACCAAUUACUCACUCAGAAUGAUACUUGGAAAUCCCUGGAAGAAGACCAAUUACUCACUCAGCCCCAGUUAUUUGCUGUUGACUACUUAACAUUUAUGGACAAAUUGGAACGAGAUGAGAAGAGUACCGUUUCAUAUUCUGAUUUCGAGAUAUUAUUGCAAGGGGAGAAACAAGAAGUUGGAGGAUACAGGAUUCCAUUGGUUUUGCAGCCUAUAUUUGAAAAGAUAGUUACUUCCUACGGUGAUAUCACAAGCAAUUCUUUGUUAAGUUCUUUUUCUGCUGAAAAUGUAUUGCUUCAGUUUUUAGCCACAAUCCAAGAAAUGGGGGACACAACUUUGGAACAAGUGACUGAGGAGCUGAUUUUCAGAUGGAGAGAUUGCAUAGCUGAAGCUAAACGCAUCAAAUUCAAUGUAGACUUUGCGACCGAGCAUUUAAAGAAAGUUGCUAAGUCUUAUUUGGGUCGAAAAGCUUUAAACGAUUUGAAUAACAUCGAUAAGAGGAUAGAGGUAUUGGAGACAGAGUUCAAUGAUCUACAAAGACAGAAGUUUGAAAAGCUCGAGGCGUGUUCACCUUAUCUGUUGGCUGCUUCAGAAGAUUUCAAUAGAAAUGUUGGCUUAUUUUGAUGUUUUAUGGAUCUCACUUCAUGGUGUACAAGAUUGUUUUUAUAGUUAGGUUCACUGUGACAUUAUCAACCCAAAAAAGGGUUCAUUAUGACAUUUAUCAUUAUAAUGUAGUGUGAGAACACUGUUGGCUAUCUCCUCUGGGGAGUCCCUCCUUACAACAAUGAGUCUCUGAAGAGUUUAACAUUUUAAA